CCUAUAUUAUCAAUUCAUCAUCUUAGUCCCUAUCUAGUUAAAAAUAGUUUUGACUUUUGACCACAUAAAACACCCACAUCUUUCUGGCGAGAGAGACUCCGCCGCCUCCCAAAACUUGGUUUCUUUGGCUCCCGAUCGACGUCGCCGCCAUCGUGCUCUCUGGCGCCUUCCUCACCGGAGAACGGCGUCAUUCUUUAGCAUUAGGGCAUCACAUUUGGGAAAGCUGUUGUCUUCCUUCAUCAACGAUUCAACGUGAUGAGGACAAUAUCAGGGGGAGUAGUUUCAAUGGCGCCGGUUUCACUCUCCGAUGCCGCCGCAAUCAUCACGGACUUCGCCGCCUCGGAUAUGGGAGCUUCCGAUGCAGUCUCGGUGUACAUCUCACGCGCCACGGACGCGUUCAAUCACUUGGUUGAGUUUCACAACCGUUGCUCGCAAGGCCAUCCCGGCCAUGUACUCCGGCUGAAAAGCUUGAGAAAUCCAGACAUUGUUAAGAAGGAAGAAGGAGAGGAAGAAGAGCCCCAGAGGAUUCCCGAUGGGAAUCACAAGAGUAAAAAACAUAAGAAGAAGCGAGAUUCAGAUUCCAGAAACGGAAAUUUGAUUAAAACUGAGAUGAACUCUGUUAAGAUUGAGGAGCGCGGUGAAGAGAAGAAGAAUCACAGUGCGGAGAAGGUGAAGAUUGAAAAGUGUGUGGGUGGAGGAGCCAAAGAAGUUUCAUGUGCUGGUAAAUGCCAUGAAAAUAACACUGAGAAGAAGGUGAAAUCUGGAAGGUCCCCAGCCGAUAGUGUGAAGAAGGAAAAGAAACAGAAGAGUUUUUCUGAAGCCAAUGGAGGAACUCGAGGGGAGGCUUUGGUGGCUGAGACGAAGAAGAAUCAUAAGAAGUCUGGUGAAGGCAAUGGAGGCUCAGAAAGGGACACUUUUUCUGUCGAGACGAAGAAGAGGAAAGGUGAAGAAGUUGAAGCGGAUCUACACAGCAGUAAGAGGAGGAAGAGUAGAAAAGGAUAGAGUGGAAGGAAAACAGUUUGGAAUGGUCUUUUUCCUUGCUGGUGCAUUUGUUGUAGUGUUCUAUGUUGCACGGGUUCUUCGAGUGUCGCUUUUCGUCCUCAAAACCCUACGUUUUGGUGCUCGGGUACAUCCCGCACGAAUUCUAUGUGAAAUUUAGAUAAAUGGGCGUUUCCCGUUCCCAAACCCAACCCAUUUCGGGCUGAAGAUUUCGGUUAUCUAUUACAAGAAAAGGUUAGACUUUUAGAAUUGCAAGUUUUGUUUCUUGUAAGCUUCUGAGUGAAUGGU